AUGGAGUCGCUCCUGCUGCCGGUGCUGCUGCUGUUGGCUGUACUGUGGACACAGGCGGCCGCCCUCAUUAACCUCAAGUACUCGGUAGAAGAGGAGCAGCGCGCCGGGACGGUGAUCGCCAACGUGGCAAAGGACGCCCGCGAGGCGGGCUUCGCACUGGACCCACGGCAGGCCUCUGCCUUUCGUGUGGUGUCCAACUCCGCUCCGCACCUGGUGGACAUCAACCCCAGCUCGGGCCUGUUGGUCACCAAGCAGAAGAUCGACCGUGACAUGUUGUGCCGCCAGAGCCCCAAAUGCAUCAUCUCGCUCGAGGUCAUGUCCAGCUCAAUGGAGAUCUGCGUGAUUAAGGUGGAGAUCAAGGACCUGAAUGACAACGCGCCCAGCUUCCCGGCGGCACAGAUUGAGCUGGAGAUCUCAGAGGCGGCCAGCCCCGGGACGCGCAUCCCGCUGGACAGCGCCUAUGACCCGGACUCGGGCAGCUUCGGCGUGCAGACGUACGAGCUCACGCCUAACGAGCUAUUUGGCCUGGAGAUCAAGACGCGCGGCGACGGCUCACGCUUUGCGGAACUCGUGGUGGAGAAGAGUCUGGACCGGGAGACGCAGUCGCACUACAGCUUUCGCAUCACUGCGCUCGACGGCGGCGACCCGCCGCACCUGGGCACUGUUGGCCUCAGCAUCAAGGUGACCGACUCCAAUGACAACAACCCUGUGUUUGGCGAGUCCACCUAUUCAGUGACCGUGCCAGAGAACUCACCUCCCAACACGCCUGUCAUCCGUCUCAACGCCAGUGACCCAGACGAAGGCACCAAUGGCCAGGUGGUCUACUCCUUCUAUGGCUACGUCAACGACCGCACUCGAGAACUCUUCCAGAUCGACCCGCACAGCGGCCUGGUCACGGUCACUGGUGCCCUAGACUAUGAAGAGGGCCAUGUGUACGAACUGGAUGUGCAGGCCAAGGACCUGGGGCCCAACUCCAUCCCGGCACACUGCAAGGUCACCGUCAGCGUUCUGGACACCAAUGACAACCCGCCCGUCAUCAACCUGCUGUCGGUCAACAGCGAGCUGGUGGAGGUGAGCGAGAGCGCCCCCCCGGGCUACGUGAUUGCACUGGUGCGGGUGUCUGAUCGAGACUCCGGCCUCAAUGGGCGCGUGCAGUGCCGUUUGCUGGGCAACGUGCCCUUUCGGCUGCAGGAGUAUGAAAGCUUCUCCACUAUCCUGGUGGACGGACGGCUGGACCGCGAGCAGCACGACCAGUACAAUCUCACGAUCCAGGCGCGCGACGGCGGCGUGCCCAUGCUGCAGAGUUCCAAGUCCUUUACCGUGCGCAUCACCGACGAGAACGACAACCACCCGCACUUCUCCAAGCCCUACUACCAGGUCAUUGUGCAGGAGAACAACACUCCCGGUGCCUAUCUGCUCUCUGUGUCGGCCCGAGACCCCGACCUGGGUCUCAAUGGCAGUGUUUCCUACCAGAUUGUGCCGUCGCAGGUGCGGGACAUGCCUGUCUUCACCUAUGUCUCCAUCAACCCCAACUCGGGUGACAUCUAUGCACUGCGAUCCUUCAACCACGAGCAGACCAAGGCAUUUGAAUUCAAGGUGCUGGCCAAGGACGGCGGCCUGCCCUCGCUGCAGAGCAACGCCACUGUUCGGGUCAUCAUCCUCGACGUCAAUGACAAUACCCCAGUCAUCACUGCCCCACCCCUGAUCAACGGCACCGCUGAAGUCUACAUACCCCGCAACUCGGGCAUAGGCUACCUGGUGACCGUUGUCAAAGCAGACGACUACGAUGAGGGCGAAAAUGGCCGGGUCACCUAUGACAUGACAGAGGGCGACCGCGGCUUCUUUGAAAUAGACCAGGUCAAUGGCGAGGUCAGAACCACUCGAACCUUCAGCGAGAGCGCCAAAGCUUCCUACGAGCUUAUUGUGGUGGCCCACGACCAUGGCAAGACGUCUCUCUCCGCCUCUGCGCUCGUCCUAAUCUACCUAUCCCCUGCUCUCGACGCCCAAGAGUCGAUGGGCUCGGUGAACUUGUCCUUGAUUUUCAUUAUCGCCCUGGGCUCCAUUGCUGGCAUCCUCUUUGUCACUAUGAUCUUUGUGGCGAUCAAGUGCAAGAGAGACAACAAAGAAAUCCGGACCUACAACUGCAGUAAUUGUUUAACCAUCACUUGUCUCCUUGGCUGUUUUAAAAAAGGGCAAAACAGCAAGUGUCUGCAUUGCAUCUUGGUUUCUCCCAUUAGCGAGGAGCAAGACAAAAAGGCUGAGGAGAAAGUGAGCCUAAGGGGAAAGAGAAUCGCUGAGUACUCCUAUGGGCAUCAAAAGAAAUCAAGCAAGAAGAAAAAAAUCAAUAAGAAUGACAUCCGCCUGGUACCCCGGGAUGUGGAGGAGACAGACAAGAUGAACGUUGUCAGUUGCUCCUCCCUGACCUCGUCCCUCAACUAUUUCGACUACCACCAGCAGACCCUUCCUCUGGGCUGCCGCCGCUCUGAGAGCACUUUCUUGAAUGUGGAAAACCAGAAUACCCGCAAUACCAGCGCCAACCACAUCUACCAUCACUCUUUCAACAGCCAGGGCCCCCAGCAACCAGACCUGAUCAUCAACGGUGUGCCUCUGCCCGAGACUGAAAACUAUUCUUUUGACUCCAACUACGUGAACAGCCGAGCCCAUUUAAUCAAAAGCAGCUCCACCUUCAAGGACUUAGAGGGCAACAGCCUGAAGGAUAGCGGCCAUGAGGAGAGUGACCAGACCGACAGUGAGCAUGAUGUCCAGCGAAGCCUGUAUUGUGACACUGCUGUCAAUGAUGUGCUGAACACCAGUGUGACCUCCAUGGGAUCUCAGAUGCCUGACCAUGAUCAGAAUGAAGGAUUUCAUUGCAGGGAAGAAUGCCGGAUUCUUGGCCACUCUGACAGGUGCUGGAUGCCCCGGAACCCCAUGCCCACCCGCUCCAAGUCCCCUGAGCAUGUGAGGAACAUCAUUGCACUGUCCAUUGAAGCUACUGCUGCCGAUGUUGAAGCUUAUGAUGACUGCGGCCCCACCAAGCGGACUUUUGCAACCUUUGGAAAGGAUGUCAGCGACCACCCAGCUGAGGAGAGGCCCACCCUGAAAGGCAGGAGGACUGUUGAUGUGACCAUCUGCAGCCCCAAAGUCAACGGCGCUAUCCGGGAGGCAGGCAAUGGCUGUGAGGCUAUUAGCCCUGUCACCUCCCCUCUGCACCUCAAGAGCCCUCUGCCUACUAAGCCUUCUGUGUCUUACAGCGUUGCCCUGGCGCCCCCGGCCCGCGAUCUGGAGCAGUAUGUCAACAACGGCCCUUCUCGUCCCUCUGAAGCUGAACCCCGUGGAGCUGAUGGCGAGAAAGUCGUGCAUGAGGUCAACCCUAUUCUGAAGGAAGGUCGAGACAAAGAGUCUCCUGGCGUGAAGCGUCUGAAGGAUAUCGUUCUCUAAAUCAGUCUUGGGGAAGAAGAGAGAGAAACCAUGCUGGCUAGCAAAGAAGCAGGAGCUGAUCGUUUUAAUUGCUCACCAAUGGUUGGUUCUUGAGUGGCUGUAUUUCAGAGCUUUCCCUAAAUGUAUUGUUUAUAAGUGACUAUCACUCUGUGACAAUCCUUCUCGUUUCAACAGGCAGCAGGGGUGUUCCGUUGAAGCAAAUUAGCUUUGGCUUGAGUUGUUCAUGGAGCCUUGAUGUUGGGGAAACAGAGACAAAUUCAGUUGUGAAAAGUAUUAUGUAUUAAGUGUUUGGAUUUAUAUAUUUUUGUAUGUCAAAAUUAUAAUAAAAAUUACCAUUGUUUGUGAAGGAUUACAUUUUAAAAAAGCAAAAAAAAAAAAAAAAGCUCUGGACACCUUUAAUAGGCUCGCAACCGUUUUGUAGUGUAGACAAGUUAAUGGUCAUUUAUUGUGUACUAUUCAUUGAUUCAGUGAUGUGAAAUCAAGCCCCCAAAUGGUUGUUUCUGAAGCUCGAGUACUUUCCGAUGCCGCUACUUUGCUGUGGACAUCCCUGCUUUAAGAACCCUUUUGCUAGCUGUGCUAUUGUCAUAUUUGAUGUUGCAAAUUGCUAUGUGUGUGGUGAUGGCAAAAGGCUUUUAGAAGUUGGUGUUUUUUUCUUAAAAAACUAAAAUAAAACUACAGAUAAAAACAAAGUGCAAACAACUGAGACAACAAGUGAAUGAGUAACACCACACAUAUAGAUUGAGUACUUGGAGGAUACUCACUCACAGAGUCUACCCACGGAGUGGUUGCUCACCACGUUGCAGGGUAUUUUUCCUGACUUUCAGUCUUCUGCCCAGAUCCAUGAUAGAUCAUUGCAGAAAGACAUUUUUGGAUAUUCUGCUAUCUAAUUUGCAGCUGUCAGAAA